AUGCUUUCUUCUUUACGACGUCUUGUUAAUACCAAGUAUCUAACGCCUGUUCGUUUGUCAUCAUUAUCACAAACACCACAAAAAUCUGAGAAUGACGUUAAACUUUAUAUAUUAGAAUAUCAUUACGUGAAGGAUGCUACGGAAAAACGUCAGCCAUAUCGAGAAGAACAUUUGAAGUUAGCAUCGAAAUUAGCAAAAGCAAAUAAAAUUAUUUUAGCUGGUGCAACGGAACAGCCUCCUACCGGUGGAGUACUUAUUUGGCGUAAUACGUCUGUCGAAGAAAUCACUGAAUUUGUUAGAAAAGAUCCAUAUGUACAGAAUGGUGUUGUCACAAAAUGGACAAUAAAACCCUUUUUAGCAGUCGUCGGAGCAAAAGAAUUCUCAAACGAUUUAUUAAAAGUUUAA